CUCACUUUUUCUGCGAUCAGCCCCUGAGCUGGCGCCUGUGGAGGCGCGACCCACCGCCAUCCACCCCCCGAUGCUCCCUUCGCUCGCCCCUCUCCCCGCCACCUUCCUCUCCCUCGUUCCCUCUUCCCCUCCCCCCCCUGCCUGCCUGCCACUUCCCGCCACUCUGUCCAGUCACCCGCCACCAUGUCGAUGACCAGUGUGGCCCUCUAUGACCUGGAACAGGUCAACAAGGGCGCUGGCGAGCUCCCCUUCCGCCAGGGGGACGUCUUCACUGACGUUGAGGUCAGCAGCGAUGGCUGGCUGCUUGUGACGCAUGCCGCUUCCGGCGAACGUGGCUACGUCCCGGCCAGCUACCUGGAAAAGCCGAAGCCGGCUGCGGUUGCCGCAGCCCCGGCUACACCGCCCCGGCCGCCCAUCCGGCCGAAGCCCGCCGGCCUCACCCCUUCGGUUGGCCGGGCUGCCUCGGUCCACCGGCCGAUGUCCAUGUAUGCCCCGUCCACCUCCUCUUCACAUUCUUUCUCCUCGGCCCCGAGCACGGCCCCGGUCAGCACUUCGACCUCGACCACAUCCUUUGCCAGCCCGCCGCUGCCAAGCCGGCCGGUGUCGCAGUUCGGCGCGCCGCCACCGACGGCCGGUGGUUUCGCUGCCCCGCCGCCGACGGCCAGUGGCUUUGGCACGCCGCCGGCCCUGCCGGCUCGCAGCCAGACCGCCGCCCCGACCCUGCCACAGCGUCCGCAAUCGGUGUACGUCGGUGGCAGCGGCCCGGCCAGGGACUUUGGUGGGGCCGCGGCCCCGGCUCUACCGGCUCGCGGUGGACAGGGGGCUCCGGUGGCCGGCUUCGGCGGGCCCCCGGGCCUGCCCCCGCGCACCGCGGCCGGCGGUGGCGGUGCUCCGCCUGCCCUGCCGGCCCGCAGCCAGCCCGGCUCCCCCGGAGCUGGCAGCCCGCCCAGCUUGCCGGCUCGGGCCCCGGUGGUGGUUCCCCCGUAUGAGGUGGUUUCCGGCUGGGACAUCCCGGACUGGGAGCAACGCACCGCGGCCGGGGACUUCGCCCGCCGCGCGGCUCGACAGGGCGUCAAGAACAGCCUUGGCACGGUGGUCCUGCCGGGCGCGGCGGCGGCUGCCGCCAUGUCCGAAACCGUCGAAGGCCACGCCUCGCGCUCGGUACUUGGCGACAUUUGGGACUUGGCGGAUAUUGACCGAGAUGGCGCGUUGGAUGUGUACGAGUUCAUCGUGGCCAUCUUCCUGUCGCGCAAGGCACGCGCCGGCCAACCUCCCCCCAAGACACUCAGUUACAACAUGACUCCGCCGAGCAAGCGCCGGUGAGCAACACAGGCCCUGAUUCCUUGGACCACCAUCGCGCACCCGAGUUCCGCGCGGGGUGGCGUCCCUCGAUCUCGCUUUCCCUCGCCUCCCGGUGUCCACCCUGAUCUCCGUCCAUUCCUCACUUUUCCUCUCUCUCUCUCUCUCUCU